UAUAAAGCUGAGCGACACAGCCUAUCCAAACGCGAGUUGUGAAUUGAAAGUUUAAAUAUAAGCGCGAAAACACAGAGAAGCAGUAAAAAAUGUAGAAUAUAGUAAAAGAAGAAUAUGCACCACUCUGGUAAGUAAAAUGCAAUUAAAUUUUUGCAAAACUAGACGUGUAAAAUGAAUUCUCAAAUCAAUAUUUAUCAAUGUGAAUAUAAACAUACUGAAGUCAGAUUUUUCCAACUUCGUUCUUUAAAUUAAGAUGGAGCAACAAGGAACACAAACACGUAUAAGUAAUCGUCUUAGUUCCAUAUUAUGGCUUAUCUCUCAUUAUGAAGAGAGUAAAGGCGUUUUCGUUAGUCAGGGAGAAAUACUGUCGCAUGCGGAAAAUUGCGGAUUGGCGUGGAAUGGAGUUCAGCUCGGGCGUGUAAUUUCUUGUGUGUGGAAUGGGAACGUUGUUCGGUCGCGUAGUACACUUUCCUCGACGCCAGGCUAUCUAAACAUCAAGAAAAUUGUGAGAUCUGAUGGUAAUGAUCAACGCAUUGAAAAACUAGACGAGGAUUCGUUCCCUAAACUUCAGCGUUUAUGUUUCAAUAGGUCCGACUGGGUUGUAAAUUGUUCUCUAGACCGCACUGUAAUUACUUAUAUUAAGCUUCCAGCAACAGGAGCUAUACUGCAUAUCGAUGAUCGUCCUAUUUUCUGCGAGGUUUCGGCUAGUUUAAGUAAGAACACUGUGACGAUUCGUACUCAUGGUGACGCAGUCCGUUUGACGCAAUCUGAACAUACUUUUCAACACUUUGUCCCGGUGUCAGUUGAGAGUAUUGAUACAAUUAUUCGCGCAGUUGAUGCCGCUUCGCUUUGCAUCGGAAACGUCCUACCGAGCGAAACGAAGUCGAACGAACAUUUACUGAAGUCAAUUGUGCUCGGAUCGAAGCUGGUAAUUGUGACGUUAAGUGAUUUAAAAAUGGAAAAGAGAUUAGUAUCCACGUCAUGCUUGUUGUUGCGAUUUGGCGUAAAGGCCUGCGAAAAUUGCCGGUAUGUUUUUCAGCUGUGGAAAUCUAGAGAAUGGAAAAGAAAUAGAUCUGGAAAAGAUGAUGUAAUUGGCAACCGUUUCAUCAAUGAGCGUUGUUUGGCAAGGCCUGGAUUGGAAGCGAAACUUCUAUCCCAAAAAGGUGAAAUCGUAAGGUCACAACGCCAGUUGAAAAAAUACGACGAGAUGAUAGAGCUAGCGGAGAUUGACAGUCAAGACAUGAGGGUAAUAUUUGAUGGGAUAGCAACUGAUCGAGUACCAACGAACAUCAAAUUGUUAUGGGAAAUGCAAGCAAAGCAAAUGUCAGCAAAAUCGUCCUAUGGGCAUAGAUGGGACCCAAGAAUUAUUCGGUUGGCUCUUGAUAUUUACUGCAAGAAUCCAAGGGCCUUAGACAUUAUGCGGCAAUGUAUUGUUCUACCAAGUAACCGUCUACUAAGGUAUUACAAGAACUCAGUAUCACAACAACCUGGCUGGAACAUAGAGGUUCUUAACUGGUGCCGGAAAGAAGCUGAGAGACUUAAGUUAACAGAAGAAAAUCACUGGGGUGGUUUGAUCUUUGAUGAAAUGAAAAUCCAGGAAGAUUUGCAGAUGAAGGUCAGAGAUGGAAAGCAUGAAUUAGUUGGUAUGGUAGAACUUGGUCAAUUUCAUAAUGACGUGAAGCACAUUGAAACAGGAUCACAAGCUGCACAAAUCGCUACACAUAUCCUGCAAUUCAUAUUCCUCAGUGAUGGUGGAUUCAGGUUUCCAGUUGCGCAUUUCCCAACGGCCCAGUGUCCUCCUUCAACGUUAUAUUUUAAAUUUUGGGAAGGAGUAUUGCUCAUGAAGCAAGCUGGAUUUACCAUUUAUCACUCGAUAUGCGAUGGUGGUGAUUCAAACAGACAGUUCAUUAAGAUGCACUUUACCGAUCACAACCCCAUCGAUGAUCAUUUUGCUACAACUAACAUGAUAACGGGAGAUCGUACAGUGUUUAUUAUGGACUGCAAGCAUAAAUUCAAGAAACUGAGAAACAACCUUGAAAAAAGUUCGUUAAGUGGGACUGUCAGGUGUUUUACCAAAGCUGGGCAGCAUAUAUUCUGGGCGUACUGGAAAGAAGCUUACGAAUGGGAUCAGAGGAGCAACUCCUGCCCAAUUCACGAGAAACUAACGGAGGAUCAUUUUGUGUUAACGCCAAGUUCACGUAUGCGAAACAGCCUUGCAGAAGACUUACUGGAUAAGAGGAUGUAUCAUUUAAUGAAGGUAUGA